AUGUGUUGGUCCCUUCUCACUGGGGUCUUUUUUCUCUGCUUUAGAUACUUUUAUGAAAGUUUAAUAAUUGUUCCUAUUGGUCGAUAUUUAGGAAUUCGAGAAACACAGAGAAAAGUCAUAUACAACGCACAUCUAGAAAAAGUCUAUAAAAAUGGUAAAUCUAUAGAUGAAAAACAAAUGACAUUUCUUAAAAAAGAAACCUCUAUGAAUAGUAUACAUAUAAGGAAUUGGAUGAGAAUCCGAAAAUUACAAGAUGCACCAACGACAAUGUUAAAGUUUAGAGAAUGCAGUUGGCAUCUGUUGUUUUACACCUCUGCCUUUAUAUAUGGCCUGAUUGUUUUAUGGAAUAAAAACUGGGUCUGGCACACAGAAAACUGCUGGAAAGGCUGGCCUCACCAUCCUGUUGGCACAGACUUAUACAUCUAUUAUCUGAUAGAGCUUGGUUUUUACUGGAGCUUAAUACUCAGUUUGUUGAUGGAUAUAAAAAGAAAGGAUUUUAAAGUAAUGAUAAUUCAUCACAUUGCCACAAUAAUCCUCCUCUAUAUGUCCUGGGUAUUGAAUUUUAUCCGAAUUGGCGCUCUAACAUUAUUUGUUCAUGAUAUUGUUGACCCCUAUUUAGCAGGAGCUAAGAUGGCCAAAUACUGUAAAAAUCAGGCAAUGUGUGAAGCGCUUUUUGGAAUUUUUGCAAUUGUCUGGAUCAUAUCAAGACUUGGCAUCUAUCCAUUUUGGGUUUUACAUUCUGUCUACUUUGAGAUCCAUGACCAUGUUGCUCCAUUUCCUUCCUUCACGGUUUUUGCUUCAUUGCUGUUCAUUUUACAAAUCCUCCAUAUUGUGUGGACAUACAUGAUUAGUAAGAUUGCCAUUCAAAAAUUCACACAUGGAGAGAUUCAUCAAGAUGUUAGAAGUGAUACAGAAAGCGAAGAAGAACUUCUUGAUGAACCAGUAAUGCCUCCAAUGAAUAAUCAUGUCAUGCCUGAUGACUCUCCACAAGUUAAACGCCAUAUGAUUGGAGACCAUGACCUUGGAAAUCAAUCUUAA